AGUGCUAGCAGUCAGUGCCACCUGCCAGUGCCCAUCAGUGCCACCCAUCAAUGCCAAUCAGUGCCACCUAUCAGUGCCAAUCACUGCCAACUAUCAGUGCUGCCAAUCAGUGCCACCUAUCAGUGCCAGUCAGUGUCACCUAUCAGUGCGCAUCAGUGCUGCCUAUCAGUGCCGCCUAACUGUGCCAGUCAGUGCUGCCUAUCAGUGUCACGUAUCAGUGCCCAUCAGUGAUGCCUGUCAAUGCCCAUCAGUGCAAUCUACCAGUGCCUCCUCAUCAGUG